CAGGAGAGUAUGCUAAAUGGAAGAGAUGUGUUUUCAAAGAUUUUUUGAACACAUCCAAGGUGGAACUAAGGCGAAUCUCUUUCAGAAGUUUAUUCCAGUAAUUUGGAGCAACCUCUGUGAAGGAUCUUUGAAUGAGGAAACUCCUUUCAGACUGCUCACAGUAAGAAUAAUAAGAGCCAGAAACAUCCAGAAGGCAGACACAUUUACUGAAAGUGAUUGCUAUAUUUCUCUGUGGCUACCAACUGCUUCAAGUGAAACUGUCCGGACCAAAACAAUUCCCAACUCAAAAAAUCCAUUAUGGAAUCAAGCUUUCACCUACAGAAUUGACAGUCGGGUAAAGAAUAUAUUGAAUCUGAAAAUCUAUGAUGAAGAUUUGUUCACCAAAGAUGAUCACCUCUACACAGUUCUCUUUGAUAUUGGUAAACUUCAAACUGGACAAACUAGUCGUGUGAACUUCAAACUCAAUCCACAAACAAAUGAAGAACUAGAUGUAGAAUUCACAUUACGGAGCAUCCAAGAUCAUCCUGAAAACAUCCUUACAAAUGGAACAGUGGUGUCUCGUGAAGUCUCACACCUGGAAGUUACAGUGGAUCUUGAGAAGCUGAAGCAACAAUACACAAGUGAGGCCAUUGCAUCAUUAACUGAAGGUGAUCUGACUUUUACAGUCAAAGGUGCCUAUGAGGAAACACAGAAGAUCCCACGGCCGCCUGCCUGCCUUGGUAAAAGAGUUGUCCUUCACUUUCACUGUGUAAAGAAUCUUCAAUCAAUUGAAAUUACACUGCCUAACGAAGCACAAUGGUCAAACCUAACUUCAUUUAAAGAAAAUUCAGAAAGUAAUUCCACUAUGAUUAUACCUUUGACUGAGCUUCCCAUACAAGAGAAAAUAACAAUAGCAGGGAGUGAAACAGUUGAUCUGCAUGUGAAGGCAAGAGACUGGACAAAAGACCUAGAUGUGCGCUUAGGAUAUGAUUUGUGUUCUCAAGAAAAGCAUUUCCUAAAGAAGAGGAGGAAAUAUGUUGCUGCUGCAGUAAAGAAGGCAGUUCAUCUGCAGGAAGAAUUGCAAGAUGAUGAAGUACCUGUGGUGGCAAUCAUGACAACAGGUGGUGGAAUCAGGUCAUUUACAGCAAUGUAUGGAAGCCUUCUGGGUUUGCAGAAGCUGAACUUGUUGGACAGUAUUACAUAUCUCACGGGUUUAUCUGGCACAACAUGGACUAUGGGGAAAUUGUAUGAAGAUCCUGACUGGUCACAUACGUACAUGGAGGAAGCCAUUAAUAAAGCACAGAAGCAAGUGACAAAGUGCAAGCUGAGCUGUUUUUCUGUGGAUAAUCUGAAAUAUUAUUAUCAUGAACUGAAACAGAGAACUGAGGAGGGCUACGACACUUCAUUUAUAGAUCUCUGGGGACUUGUUGUUGAGUCCAUGUUAAAUGAUGGGAGAGACAAUCAUAUACUCUCAAAUGAGCAACUGGCUGUGUGUCAGGGUCAGAAUCCUUUACCCAUUUACUUGGCCGUCAGUCUCAAAAAAGAGUAUAGCGCACAGGAUUUUAGAGAAUGGGUGGAGUUCACACCUUAUGAAGUGGGAAGCUUCAAAUAUGGAGCAUACAUUCGUGUAGAAGAUUUUGGCAGUGACUUCUUCAUGGGACGAGUGAUGAAGAGGCUCCCAGAAAUGCGGAUCUGCUACAUGCAAGGCAUGUGGAGCAGUAUUUUUUCCUUGGAUUUCAUGUUUUUCUGGCACUUGGCCACUAAUUCAGAAGACUUCUGGCACAAAUGGACAAGAGAUAGAAUAGAAGACAUUGAUGAUUCUCUUAUAUCUUCAGAUCCAUACAGUCUGGAAACUCGGCUAGUCACACCCCCAGGUCGCCUUGCUUCUGCUCUCCGAGACGUCUUAACAGGACGCCCAACAAUGGCAGAGUAUCCCAAUUUCCUGAGGGGCUUCCAGUUAAAUGAUGAAUAUUUGGAGAAUAAGCAAUUUUCUACAUGGAAAGACACUGUGGUGGAUACUCAACCUGACAAACUAAUGGAAACAGCAGAACAACCUCUGUCUCUGGUUGAUACUGGGUUCUUCAUCAAUACUAGCUACCCACCUCUUCUGAUACCAGAAAGAAAAGUGGAUGUUAUAUUACAUUUAAAUUACUCGGGAGGUGUACAGACCAAGAAUCUGGACCAGUUUUCAGUAUAUGCUGCUGAGCAGGGAAUCCCAUUCCCCAAAAUAGAGAUCAGUGAAGAAGACAGGAGAACCAACCUAAAGGAGUGCUAUGUGUUUGAAGAUAAAGAAAAUGUAGAUGUUCCAACAGUGCUCUUUUUCCCUUUAACAAAUGAUACCUUCAGGAAAUACUCAGAACCUGGUGUGGAGCGCACCCCAGAAAAUAUGGAAGAAGGCAAUGUAGAUGUUUCCACUAUAUUUUCCCCAUUUACUACAAGGGAGGUCUGCUUCUCAAAGGCAAAUUUUGGCAGAUUGGUAAAUCUGACUGAAUACAACAUUCUAAACAAUGAAAAGAAGAUUAUUGAAGCUUUGCGUGUAGCAGUAAAACGGAGAAAACAGAAGAAGUCAUGAUUCCCUGUCCUGAAAGUUUACAUCUGCAGUUGUAAACACACUUUGAACUCAGAGAUUUCUGAAUAAACAUAUGGAGGAUUAUGAUGUUAAUGAGUUUGACUGAUAGACUGAUAAAUAAAGCUUUAACUCUUAAUUUAAAUUAGUCCUCUGCAUUGUGUAGUAGAGAUUGUUGAUUGCAUACAUCUGGUACUGCUUUCCC